CUGUGAGUGGACCGAUGAGGAGAGAGACGGCCGUCCAGGUUGUGUCUGGACUCGUACUCUAUGGUUGUCCGCCCUCUGCGCUUCCUCUCUAGCCGCCCGCGCUCUAUGCUCCGGGGCCGCGGGCCGCCCGCAGCCUGCCGGCCGGCCGGGAAGGGUGCGCAGAGGGAGGCGGGGCGGGAAGGCGAGAGGUGUCUGCUCCACCCGAGCGGCGGGAGACCUGAGCAGGCUGUGUGACAGCUCGUCGGUCGCCAUGUCAGCGAGGGCGGCUGGAAACAGACCCGGCGCCCAGCGGUAGCCCUCCCUUCGCCGCCGAGUCCCAGACAUGGAAGGACUUUAAUGAAACUUCAGUGGUUCAACAAAAGAUGCUCUAAUGGAUGACAGUGAAACUCCUACAUAUAAUCUGCAGAUAGAACCACAAGAUGGGUGUCAUCCUGGCGAUGGUGUGGAAAGUAGAGUAACACGCUUGCCUUCUGCAUCAGACGAAAAUGAAAACCAGCUUGAUGAGGAUGGGCAUGAGCAUCUGACCAGCAGUGACUGUGCGAUGGGCAAGCCUGAAGUGUUUGAGCAGGACAGUCUCAACAAUAAUGAAAGCUGCACACCAGGCUGUGAGGUGGCUGCAAGUGAGAACUCGGAAAACACGCCUCGUGAAGGCCCCCAAGGUGGACAGGCCUUCUUGGGAAAGGACAAAAAAAUACCUGGAAAAAGAACUUUAGUAAGCAAAAGAGGCACUGCUGAGAAGAUACCACAAGAACUUUCUUCAGGAGGUACCACACCUUUAAUGCAAGAAAAUGUACUAAGUGCAACCACACAUGCUGUUAGCGACGAAGAGUCUGCUGAAGUAAAUGCUAAUGAUCCACCAGAAGCCCCGAAGCUAGUUCUGCAGUCUCUGUUCUCACUUAUACGAGGUGAAGUUGAGCAGUUGGACUCAAGAGCACUUCCCCUUUGCCUUCAUCAGAUAGCAGAGUCCUAUUUCCAGGAGGAAGACUAUGAGAAAGCAAUGAAAUUCAUUCAGCUUGAACGAUUGUAUCAUGAGCAAUUGCUCGCAAAUCUUUCUGCCAUUCAAGAACAGUGGGAAACAAAAUGGAGAACUGUACAACCACAUACAGUCACAUCUCUAAGGAAUUCAGAAAAAGGAUUUAAUGGUGAAGAUUUUGAACGGCUUACUAAACUUUGCACAACACAUCAAGAUCCUCUUUUGUCCAAACAUAAGCUAGCAGCUGUAGAAAAGUCCCUGGGAGGGAAAUGCUUUACGCAAUUAAUGGUGUCUGAAGAUCCAAAGGAAAGAGGAGCCACAGCCCAAGAGUCGGAGAGUGAAACUUGUCUUGGCCUGGAACCAAGUAAAGAAAGCCAACAUAAAGAAGAGACUGGGGAGAGCAGUUUCUGCUGUAAUCAGAUGGACAGGCAGGCAAAUCCUCGGAGCCUUCCGGUAACUGCAGGGAAGGACCACACGGAGGAGCCGCUCUGCAGCGCUGAAGCCACACUGCAGCUCCACGCCCAGCCCUCAGAGACUGCUGGGAGCGGGUCUGGGCCACAUUCCUCCGAGAAUGCCUGUGAGAGUGACAGCCACUUGCAGCUGGCUCAAACAGAGGCCUGCCAAGAUGUGGCUGAAAUAGAGGGCGUUGCUGAAGACUCUAAGGUGUUGCUUACCAGCGAGUCAAUGAUAGAGCCCUUGAUUUUACCAGGCUCUCAUCACAUACCUCCUGCGUUGAUUUCUGAGGGUAAAUAUUCACAGAUUCAAAGAAAGGAACUCAGGUUGCCACUUCAGGAUGCUUCUAAGGCGUUGCCCACAGACCAGCUUGAGAACAAUGAAUUAAAUGAGCUGCAGCAACCUGAUCUCACAGACAGUGAUGGAAAAUCACCACAGGAGCAGACUGACUCAGAAGGCUCUGAGAGUGUACUUUGUGAAAAUAAUAAAGUAUCUGACUUAAGUACAGUGCUUCCAGAAGUGUAUAUGGCCCCAGAGGAAAAGGGAGAUAAGGACGACCAAGUCAAUAAAGAAACAGAAGACUAUUUGAACAGCCUUUUAGAAGGAUGCUUGAAAGAUACUGAAGAUUCCCUUUCAUACGAAGAUAACCAAGAGGAAGACUCUGAUCUUCAAGAUCUUUCUCCUGAAGAAGCCUCCUAUAGUCUACAGGAGAAUCUGCCUUCCGAUGAUAGCUCUCUUUCUCUCGAUGAUCUUGCAAAAAGGAUAGAGAUUGCAGAGGUUGUUCCUGCCGAAGGGUUGGUCUCUAUAUUAAAGAAGAGGAGUGAUACCGUAGGAGACCAUCCUGCCCAGAUGCACCAGAAACCAUCUAAGCGAAGAGUGAGAUUCCAGGAGAUAGACGAUAACUUAGAUCAAGAUGAAGUUGGAGGUGGUUCCUGUAUUUUACUGGUCUUGCUGUGCAUAGCAACGGUUUUCCUUAGUGUUGGAGGAACUGCAUUAUACUGCACUUUUGGUGACAUGGAGUCACCUGUUUGUACGGACUUUGCAGACAACGUGGACUUCUAUUACACUAAAUUACUGCAGGGAAUGGCAGAACUGAAACACUGGAUCUACCUCUCCUAGCAGCGUUCAAGAGGGACAGGCAUGCCGGCUGUGAGAAUCAAAGAGUGCAACUUUCUAAACGGCUUUUGUUUUAGGAGUUCUGUAACAUACGUCCCCUCCCCCAGUGAGGAACCAUGGGCAUCAGAAACAGCUGCUUUAAGUGGCAAUCCAGAGGAGCUCUUAGGAUAAUCCACAUAAUGAGGCAAAUAUCCAUCCGAGCAUUGUGGACGGAAGGAGUGGUCUUUGGAGAGCAUGUCCAUCUCCUCCUUGCUGCUUCCGAGUGUAAUGAGCUGCACUUAGCAGAAUGAAACAGGGCAGUGGUGGAGCCACGCCAUUUCUAGCGUCCCUGUCAAGCUAAUGGUUAAAGGACACUUUUCGUUUACAUUUGUUGGUCCAAAGACAUUGCUUCCAGCCAUCAUGCAAUAAGUUUGUGUGUAAUCAAAAGGAGUUACCUUAUGGUUUCAGUGUCUUUUUUCAGUUAACCUUGGGAGCUAUGUAAUUUAGGCUUUGUACAUUAUUUCCAGAUUCUGUUCUCCAUUUGUGAGAUGGGUGUGUGUGUGUGCACGUAGGCACGCGUGUGCACGCGUGCUUCAGACAGUUAUCAUAAGCAAAGACCCAACAUAGAAUAACAAAGAUUAUCUUUAUUCUUUUAACUUGUCUAUAGAUGUGCAGGCACAAAUCUUUGAAGAAGGCUUAACUGUGGAACAGAUGAACUGUAGAAAUCUUGGCCCUGAAAUGAGAAGCUGUGACAGAUCUGUGACAGUUAACAUGAUUAUCUAGCCAGAAAUUAAUCACAGGCCUAGCGGUAAAAUUUAAGAGCUCCCUCUGAGUCUUAGGCGACCAGUUUCAUCAUGGAUUCAGCACUUGCUGAAGUAUGAUGAAUGCUGGACUCAAGUCAGCAAACUUUUAUUGAGCAUCUAUUAUGUUCUGAGAAUCUAAGAAGCAGAAUACAAAGCUAAGAUAUUAGUUCCUGCUCUAGAUGUUUUCUUUCUGGUCUUAUGUAAAAUAAACUGAUACUUUGGCAAAUGAAAUUAAAUCAUAUAUAAUUCAGUAUUAACAGGUUAUGCAUUCAGAUGUUUGAAUGUGCAUUCAUAUCAUGGGCUUGAUUUAGACCUAUUAUGGGGUCAUUAAGCGAAAAUUCAAUCAUAUCUUAAAUAGGCAGAUGUCUGUUUUUGUUUAGAUCUGUCAGCUAGAUGGCAUUUCCUUUUCUAAAGUGCAGUGGUCUAACAUAUAGGAAGCCUUGCUUUGGCUUUUUAUAUCAAAGGCAGCAUUUUAAAAGAAACAAAACAUGAAUUAUAGUUUUUUAGCAAGUGAUCAUUAUUUCAUGUUUUUCUGUUAGGAUCAUUUGAAAGAAAAAGGCAGAAAUUACUUUCUAGUUGUUACUGGCUGGUACAGUACCUCCCUUUGUGUUUCUGCUUAUUUAUUUAGAUUAUAUGAAUUUUAAAGGGCUUUUUAUAUAAGUUGAAAGUGUGUUGUUGAGCAUGCAUUUGGUUAUGCCAAUGCUAGAUAUUUAAUUACUAUGUACUUAUUAGUGUUUUGAUUUUCUAUAAUUUUAAUUCAAUGUGUUUUAGGCUUGUUAAUUUUUAAAUUGAUGGUUUAUUUUCACCUACAAUACUGUUUGUCUUGUCUCUAUCAUGUCACUAUAAACUGUAAUAUUUUCAAGGAUUAUAGAUCAAAGAUAUUUAUUUAGAAGUGUACAAGAUACUGAAAUUUAGAUUCCUUAUACUUAAGGCUGAUUUUAUUAGAAGAUUAUUUUAAUGUUCUAUUACAAAUUUUAAGAAUUUGUAUUCAAAUUGUAUGUAAAAUAUGUAAAAUGUUGACGGUACUAUCUUAUGUGGUUCUAUAAAAGACAUUCACAAGGUCUGCUGUGAGGGGCAUCCCCAUCAUGGACAGACCUCUUCUACUUUACCCUCAUGAUUUCUAGUUACAGGAAUUUGAUGAUGCUGAUUUCUGCUAGUUUUAUGUCAAGAUAAGUCAAAAUUUCCCUCCCUCCUGUUCGCCUCUUUCAGGUCACUAUCAAAGUCCUAAAUAAUCUAUAGUGUCAUAUUUGACUAUGAGUCACCAGGGCCACUACUUCUGACACCGAAGAUUUCCUGGGAACCUUCCCACUGAGAUGAAAGGACUGAGAUAAUACCUUGGUACUCCAGGGCCCAGUUGAGUCUCAGAAAAAUCACGUGUGCUUACCACUUCCCAGGGAGAGUGAGGUGAGCUCAGGAGCAUAUUGAUGUCUUGACUUAAAAUAGGCCUGAAAUCUCAACUAGAAAAAAUAGAGCAACUUUAAAAUAGUCAUUUAUUGCAUGAAUUGGAGUAAUUCCAUCUGGUGAUGAAAGAAUUGUUAUCUCACACGUAAAAAAUUCAUCCAGUUUUACUAUAAUGUAAUUUUUUCUGUCAUUUGAAAGUACUGGCAACUAUUUGUAACUAAUCUUCCUUAAGAACUGUAUUUGAGGGUAACAUCAAGCUUGUAAUUUAAAAUCUACACCAACAAAGUGUCUCAGAGAGUUUAUUUGAACCCUGGAGUGCUGAGAAAAACUGCUUUAAAGUGAAAGCAAAAUACUUUCAGCAGUU